GUGAGAAGACUUCGUGAUGGUGGCUGCGCCUAUGGCCGGACACUUGUAGCGUCCACUAUGUACCUGUCUUCUUCGUCAGUCUAAGAGCCUUGAUUAUACACAUGCCAUGAGUGCACAUUCAGAAGUGCAUUGAGCGAUUUAUUCCUGGUGAAGACACGCGGCUCUGUAAGCAGGCGUUGCUGAUGGUCACUUGGCUCGCUCGUAAGUGGGUAUGACCUACAUCGCGUUGUAGUUGCUCUCGUGAUUUGAGGCUCGAAACACUUGAGUGUGUGACGUGUUAGAGUAAAAGUCGGCAAUGGCGCUUGUUAAUAUGCCGUUGCCGCGACUGCCGCUGGCGUUAGCACGGCAUCAGGAGGCGCUACCGCUUGCGCCUCACCGCGCUGCUCCGCCGCCCACAGUGCCGCCGACGGUUAUCAGUCUGAAGCAAAUGUGCAGUAAGUACUGGCUGGAGCGGGUGCAAUAUGCGCUACGGCGGGAUCUGCCCAAGCCGCAGGUGUUUCGCGUCCAGAGGUUCCUGGAAGACUUGCCCCGCGACCUCCGCACCAUCAUGAUCCACAACGCCCUCAAAGCAGGCGGCCUCCACUUGCAACACGGCAGCAGAGAACUGGCGCAAAUAAACCGCGCCCUUGUCCUGCUCACGCCGGAGAUCGUUGUGUAUGAGCCAGUGUACGUGUCCAUCCCUCGCCCGGGCGCCGACGGAGUGGACUGGCCGCUCGACAUCGAGUUGCUGCUUUACAACGGCGACGGCCUCAUGCACUUGGUGCUGACGAUGCCCCCGGCCCUCACGGACGCCGUUCGCCGAGUCUUCACCGACCUCUGCCGCACCUGCAAGAAGCUACGCCGCGUGAGAAUCAUCAACGCCAACGACGACGCCAUCACCAUCUUGACCCGCCACUGCCGAUUUGUGACGCACCUCGAUGUCUCAGGCUCCGCGGGCGUGACGGACGAGGGCCUCAACCGAAUCAUCGUCAACGUACUUUGGGGCGAGGGUGAAAACAGUGAGGUAAGGCUACGUCACGUGGACGUCGGAGGCACCAGCGUGACGCAAGAGGGCGUCUGCAACCUCCUGACGCGCCUACCGAGUCUCACCAGCCUAGGCUCCAUGGACUCCAUCGAGGCCCUGAAAAUGCUCGACGAGCUAAGCGACGGAACCACUGUGACAGCUCUGGAGGAAGUGAAUGCUCGCAGUGUGACGGUGGGGACGCUGCAGCUCCUCCGUCGGAUGUGCCCCAAUCUAACCACCAUUAACGCAACGCUCAACUGCGCCGGUGUGACGCUGAACGACCUGCGGCUCCUGCCCGGGUUGCAGCACCUGCGGCUGACUGUGAGGGAGCCUUUCUUGCUCACUCCUGCGGCCUUGUACGAGUUCGCAUGGUCGGUGGGCACCCAGUUAGUGACGCUCAGGGUCGAGGGCGAUGUGUACUGGGAAGCAGACCUGGGUGUCUUGGCCGGCAAUUGCCCUCACCUGGAAGAGCUAGCGUUGCCUGCCGUCACGGUGCCUGCGAAAGAAUCUAUUACAGCACUCACUAGUCCUGCAAGUAUCGCCUUGGCCAAACUCAAGGUGCUGGAAAUCGACUGCAUGACGGGCGUGGGGCCGAAGGCAUGGGCGAAGGACUUCACUCUGGUGCGGCAAGGACUGGUUGCGGCUCUCAGGAAGUGCUUGCAGCUGCGGCGCCUCGUGUGUCGACCCACGACGCUCGUGGAGAACGACCUGCUGGACAUCUUGGCGAUAAAUCGAAUGCAUAAACUCGAGGUACUGGAGCUGUACAACUGCGUGCUUGGCCUGAGCACCGCGCGCCUCAUCGUGGACACAUGCGAAAACCUGCACGUGAUGAAAGGCCUUCGCACGUGGCGCGGGCUGACCCUGCAAGACCUCGUAAUGCUCAGAAAACACACCCGAGGUCAUCGUCGCAUGGCUGAGCUGAAGAUUCUUCCCUGAGACGAACCAGGCGCCAUAGAUUUAGUUCUGAUACUUGGCAAUUACGGUCCCGGAAGGUUAUACAGUACCGACUUGUGGACUUCUUUGAAUUAAGAAAAAAAUAUGUAAUUAAUCUCUUAUUUACAUUCUUUUGAGUUAGAAUACCUUUUUUCUUUACAUGUGAUAAAAACAAAACGCUAGUCAGGUUUUGCUUAUUAGUUAAUAGCAUAGUAUUUACGGUGCUGAAGUUUUGCAUAUGUUUUUAGUUGGUCUGAUUAUAAUAAUUUAUCCUGUUUAAUCUAUAUUACAGUAAAGUCUGAUGCUCAGACUUAUGUUGUUUUGGUUAAAGAUAUCUAAACAUUUGUUUCCCAAAGAGUAUCAAUGCUGUGAAUGAUGAUAAAAUACUGUGGAAAAGAGAGAUACAGUGUAUCAGAGAGAGUGAGAGAGAGAGAAAGAGAGAGAGAGAGAGAGAGAGAAAAUGUAUAUAUAUAUAUAUAUAUAUAUAUAUAUAUAUAUAUAUAUAUAUAUAUAUAUAUAUAUAGAAAGAGAGAGAGAGAGAGAGAGAGAGAGAGAGAGAGAGAGAGAGAGAGAGAGAGAGAGAGAGAGAGAGAGAGAGAGAGAGAGAGAGAUAAAACCUUAACAUUGAAAUAAACAGUGCAGAAUUCCAAGAAAAUUAACAACAGUUUUAUUAGAAAACGUCUGUGAUACAGUAUAUUUAUAGUCAAAUGUUUGUAUAAUAUAAUAAACUAAACUGUAAUGUAGUUCUGUAUUGUUGUCCUAAAAGCAGACAAGCAGACGAAAAGGUGUAAGGUGCAUUACAUAUAGACACAAGAAAAUACUGGACAUUCUCUGCGUUUACACAGUUUCUCUACUGUAUGUAAAAGUAUUAAAGUUUCAUUACAUUCAAAUUUGUAAAGAAAUAAGCUAGAAAUCAAGAUAGAUCUUAAUGAAAGUAAAAACGACAAGAACAGAAACAUGACAUUAUAUAUUAAUAAGAGACUACACUGAAUAUUUUUAUUCAUGAGCUGGCAAUAACUGUGAAAUCCAAGAAUAACCCUAAAUCUGUGUCUCCCACUUUUUUGGCGGUUGGU